AGGAGAACGAAACUGGAGAGGUUCCUUCCGCCAAGCACGACGCUCAACGCGGACUCCCUAUACCCGAGGGGAAAAUAGCCAAUGGCUGAUCGUCUGACACUCGCAACUCCAUCAGCUAUGGCUUCUGUCUCCGCCGCCAGAAUCGCCCCUCGCUUCCUGCCUUCCGCCAACGCUGCCGUCGCCAAGCUCUGCUUCCGUUCUCCUCUGGAGCUCAAAUCCCUCGGAUCCUCCUCUCUUUUCUCACCCCUCUUUCUUGCUCAGAAGAGCGCUCUGCAACGAUUACCUAGUUCGAGGAUUGGGUAUUCGACGGCGUCGUCACCCAAAUGCUUUGCGUCGGACCCUGAAGAGCUGAAAGUUGCCAGAGAGGAUAUCAAAGAGCUUCUCAAGACGAAGUUCUGUCACCCUAUUUUGGUCCGGCUGGGAUGGCAUGAUGCUGGUACAUAUAACAAGAAUAUUGAGGAGUGGCCACAAAGAGGUGGUGCUAAUGGAAGUUUAAGAUUUGAAGUUGAACUGAAACAUGGAGCAAAUGCUGGGCUAGUUAAUGCUCUCAAACUUCUUCAGGCCAUCAAGGACAAGUAUUCUAACGUUACAUAUGCUGACUUAUUUCAGUUGGCCAGUGCUACUGCUAUAGAGGAAGCUGGAGGCCCAAAAAUCCCUAUGAAAUAUGGAAGAGUGGAUGUCUCUGGACCUGAACAAUGCCCAGAAGAAGGGAGGCUACCUGAUGCUGGCCCCCCUUCCCCUGCUGCUCAUUUACGUGAUGUCUUCUACCGGAUGGGACUGAAUGAUAAGGAAAUAGUUGCUCUCUCUGGUGCACACACUCUUGGAAGGUCCAGGCCAGAUCGUAGUGGAUGGGGCAAGCCAGAGACCAAAUAUACGAAAGAUGGACCAGGGGCCCCUGGAGGGCAAUCAUGGACAGUGCAGUGGCUGAAAUUUGAUAAUUCCUACUUUAAGGAUAUUAAAGAAAGAAGGGAUGAAGAUCUAUUGGUUUUACCUACCGAUGCUGUUCUUUUUGAAGAUCCUUCUUUCAAGGAAUACGCCGAGAAAUAUGCUGUAGAUCAAGAUGCAUUUUUCAGAGAUUAUGCGGAAGCUCAUGCUAAGCUUAGCAAUCUUGGAGCUAAAUUUGACCCUCCUGAGGGUUUCUCCAUAUAGAUGCAAGAAUCUACCUUAAAAUUUUGUGGCAGCCAAUUACUCCACGGGAAAGGUUGUAGUUCUUGACAGCUGAGAGCUUAUUUUGCUUCUUUUAUACAUUAAAGGUUUGCAGCCUGCAGGACUAGACUAUUUCUUUUUGUGUGCUGUUAACGAGAACACUGGUGUUCAAGCUAUAUUACAAAUUUGUGGGAACAACAAAUUUAGAUCUUUGAUGUUUUAGUGAAGAAAGAAGAAUAAGUUCAUGAAGCUUUAGUUAUUAUACAUCUUUGCUACUAGCAAAGAAGU